GUGCGGAAUCAAUAUGAUUCCAUUGGGACACCAAUACAACUCUAGAUAACAACAAAAACUGUUCAGAACGUUAAGAAACUUAGGUGAAAGUGCCAAAAGCCCCAACGCGCUAGCGUAGAAAGAACGUAGCGAAGAACUCGGUUUUACAGUUGCAAAGUAACCAGCAUACUCAUAAGGGCACAACUCUGCAGAGCUGUCAAAAAGUCAGACCCGAGCAAGGAGCAACAGCUGUUGCUUGCCACACACACAAACUCAUACACCCAGGCACACAAGUACAAAAUGCCACACAGACAGUCUCAAAGUUGGAUUUACACCUGCCUAUUGGUCAGUAUCUUGCCCACGUUGUGCCUGGGCCUACUUGACGGUCUCUACUGCGGUAAAGAGAACUGUUACGAUGUGCUCGGCGUCACACGCGAAUCCUCAAAGUCGGAGAUCGGCAAGGCCUAUCGGCUACUGGCACGCAAAUAUCAUCCGGAUCUGCAUCGUGGCGAGGAGGCCAAGGCGCUGGCAGAGGAGCAGUUUAAGCUAGUGGCCACUGCCUAUGAGAUACUGCGCGACGAGGAGUCCCGCACCGACUACGACUACAUGCUGGAUAACCCAGACGCAUACUAUGCGCAUUAUUAUCGCUACUAUCGACGACGUGUGGCCCCCAAAGUGGAUGUGCGUGUGGUGAUCGUAGUUACGCUGACCGUCAUCUCUGUAAUUCAGUACUACUCUGGCUGGCAGCGCUAUGAUGCUGCCAUCAAAUACUUUGCGACGGUGCCCAAGUAUCGUAACAAGGCGCUGGACAUAGCUCGAGAUGAGAUACAGGAGCGAGUGCACAAUCGCAAGGGCAAGAAUCGCAAGAGCUUAUCGAAAACGGAGCAGAAGGAGGAAAUCGAGCGGAUCAUACGCAAGGUUAUUGAGGAGAAAAUGGACGUGCAAGGUGGCUAUGCGAAGCCAACGCUGUGGGAUGUGCUAUGGGUGCAGUUGCUCAUCUGCCCGUACACGUUAUUCAACUUCAUUGCGUGGCACUCGCUGUGGUUCUGGCGCUAUACGGUGCUCAAACAGCCGUACGGUCGGGAGCAGCAGCUCUAUUUGAUACGUCGUCACAUGGGCAUGGGUCAGCAUCAAUUCAAUUCGCUAGAGGACAAACAGAUCGAGGAGUAUCUGCAGCUGGAGCUGUGGCAGCGCGACAAUUUUAUCGCGUGGAAGGCCGAUCAGGACGAAGACAUGAAAAAGAAACUGGCCGAGAAUCCACGCUACAAAGCCUACAGACGGUAUAUGAAGAACCAUGGGCCAGGGCGCAUUACCUUUGAGGACUAGAGAGAGCGGCGUCUGUUGAUGUUCAAGUUUUAUUGUUCCAUCUUGUCGCCAUGGCCAAUGUAAUUUAUUGUUUUAUACGUUCUUUAAUCUACAAGACAUCAAAGUUUUUUAUUUUCAUUUUUUUUUUGUUUUUACAAUUUUUUCGUGUUUAGGGCGAACUUUUGCAAUAGCUUAAAAAUAAAUUAUGUUAAUAAUUCUGUUAGCCAUUGGAUACUGCCCGCGGGGCAGCGAUGGCCAAAACGUUGACCUCGCCACCAAACCGGUUCAAAAAACGUGCUUACUCGCGUUUCAUCUUUCAUCUUCCAUCGGCCAGCGGAAACGUGCGAUAAGCGAGAAAACGCGAAACCGAACAAACCGAGAACUUCCCUCUUUUUAAAAAAAGUUGUUAGCUCAAUUGUCCGAAUUUUAUAUAGCAAAUAUACAAAUACUAACUAUU